UUUUGAAUUCCUGUCGCGGUUUACAAACAAGAUUAUCAGGAUUGUUGUACUUGUAUAGUAAAUUGUAGAAACAAACAACAGAAGAUUUGGUAGAUGAACGAUCUGCUUUUGUAGAUAUUCCAUUUACUCUAUUCUGGGAGCAAAUUUGUAACAAAAUGCAUGUUAAAGAUUUAGAAACACUCAAAUAUCCAGAGUUGCAGAAACUGGCAAAGAGUGUCGGUAUCAAGGCUAACCAAAAGGUAAUUUUAAAAGUAAAAGUUAGUUACUAAUUUUAACUACUAUGUAAUGUAAUGUAAGGAUUCUCUCACUCUUCUUAAACUUAAAGCCUUCCAUUAGGCUUACCCGGUAUUAAGUUAACUAGAACACUUAGACUUGGUUUAACUUUCACAUUCUCCAAUUGAACGUCAUAGGUUACUUACUAUUGAUACUAUUAUUUACUGUUUGAGUAACAGUAAAGUGAAAGUGGUGUUACUGUUGUUAUUAACGAAGUGGCUUGCCGGAGAUCAGUGAGAGGUUGGGUUUGUAAGACUAAAUCUGGUAUCAAAUGAAAUAUAAUUUUAUGUUUGUAAACUCACUUCUUCAGUUUAACUAAAAUAAACUACCCCAAAUAAAUUCUAAAUGCUAUUCUGAUUCUGAUGUCAUUUGUCACUUGGACUUGUCCUGACCACCCAGUGAAAUUUAAACAAAAUAAUAUUAAUUUUAAAAAAGCAAUAAAAAAACAAUUGAAGAUUGAAGACCUUAUCUUAUCUAAGAUUGCUAAAAGAUGUGUAGGGUGUAGGGCUUGCGCCUUGAUUUAAAUGCUGUAGGAAUCACUGCUGUUAUUUUUUACACAAAUAACUAUUUGGUUCUUUUAAUUAAUUUUUUACAACACCACACCAAACUUGAGUUUUGUAUCUUUAUUAUUAACAUUUAAUUUUAAUGAGUAGCCUAAUUAUUAUGUAUUUUUUUAAGCACAAUUUAUUGAAUCUGUAUUAUAUAGGAAACAAUAGUAUCUUAUGAUGUCUUAUGCCUAUGCUUAAAAUAUAAUUAUUUAAAACAGAAACUGUUAUUCUAAAGUAUAUUUUAUCCUUAAAUUUAUUAAUGCAUAAUAAUGAAAUAUCCUGUAAAUAUGACAUUGUUAUAGUGAGAAAAAAAGUAAGAAAAAGCGGGAAAGUGAUGAGCUGAAAAAUGGGUGACAAAUGCGGAGAAAAAGUCAAUGUUAAAAAAUUGGCUGGAAGUGCACACUAAAAAAAUUCAUAACUAUUGAACCACUUGAGCUAGAAAGUUUAUCUUGGUGGUUUUUUAAUUUUGUAAAUGAUUCAAUUAGCACCAUUCAACUACAUUGCAUUUAUAUUUUUAGAAUUUAAAAAAAAAAAUUCAGAAGUACCUAUUCACAUUUAUACAAAUAGUUAGGCCUAUUUAAGCCCUAUUUAAGCCCUUACUAAUCGUUUGUCAAUAAUAAUUUAUUAACCAGGUCACAGAUUGACUAAAUUUCCAUCCAAGUAUAGUUGCCAGUCAUUUAUUAGUGUAAAGUGUAGCCUAUAUUUAAGUCACUUGAAUUGUUCAUUUAAGAAAGUGAUGAUUACUCUACUUGGUGAAAGUACCCUGACAUAAGAUCUUUCAGAUGUUCAAUGUUCUUAAUUUUACCCUUUCCUUUUUUACUCCUAAGAUUGACAAACUUAUCAAAGCACUUAAAGACCACUUUAUUGAGACAGAAAAUGAAGAAGACACAUUGAAAUCUCCAUUUAAAGUAAGGAAAAUACAUUUGAUCUUGUUUUAGGAAUUUUGAUGGGAAUAAAUAUUAAUGAAAACUGUUCAGUUUAUAUUCCUCAAGGCCUCUACACAGUCUUACCAUAGCUAAUUAAAUGAGUUCCAUUCUUAUAUCUCACAAAUGACUGUACCAGUUUUGAUUAAAAAUUAACAUUAGUCAUGAUAUAAAUCCUAUAAUCAAAGAACUGAAAAUCCAAAACGUUUUUAUUUAGAAAAAUAAAUAAAAAGGUCUACUUUUGAGGGUAAUAUAGGAAAUUAUAGAUUGUUUCAUGGAGGAGGUUAACUAUGGGUGUGAUUUUUCUUUGAAGAGUGAAAUAUUUCAAUUAUUAUUUUUAAAGUAGCCCAAGUCUGGAAUUCAUUUAAAUUUCCUUAUACAGCCCACUGUACAAUUAUUACAGAGCAGUAAGACAAAUGGAAAUGGGGCAACACCGGCGAAACAGAAUCUGCAUCCUCACAUCACAGCAACUCAGUCACCAAAACUAUUCAGUCCCAUAGCUAAAAGGAUAAUUAAACCGCGGAGUAAAGGUAUGAACUUAAUAUUUUUAAAAUUAGUAUUUAUCAAGAUUGUACUGGACCAAUGUGUUUUCAAGUUAAAUGUAAUUAUUUCAUCUCUCUUAACCAUAAAAGUUAUUUAUUAUAAGAACGUGUAUUUCUUUGAACAUUUUUGUUUUUGUUUUUGAAAAGCACAACCAUGUACCUCACAGCUGGCCAAAUCAGUCACUAAUGUUGCUGAGACUUAUCAAACACCAAAAACAUCUGCACCCAGUACUCCAGACAGGAAACUGAUAAAAAAACGAAGAAGAACUUUUGAGCUUGAGACACCAACCCUCAGCCCAAAAAGUACACCGAAUUCUGAUGAUCAGCCUGACAAAAGGAUUAAAACCCAGGCAGAACCUGCCCAAUUGACUAAACAGGAUGAGCCAUCAAAGAAGCGCAUUAGGAGAAAUACUUUUGAUAAGGAGAGUCCCUCUCAAGCUGCCACUGAAAAUGGUAUUAAAAUAUUCUGCAUUUAAUAUUUUGAAGUGAUUUGUAAAUCAUUAAUUAUUUGGAAUAAAAUGCCUAUUUUGGAGAUAAUGAUUGGGCGGUGUAUGUACCUAAAGUGUUGCUCAACACAAAAGCCUUAUGUGCUCCUAGCUUUGAGGAACAUGAAUAAAGAUUUUAUAAAAAAAAAUAAAGUGCAGCAUAAUAUUAAGGUCAAUAAGUUUACAAAUAAAAUUCACCGUUAAAUUGAAAGAAAACCAUUUUUAUCCUUUUAUAGAGCUUUGACUCUUCACCCCAAAUUAUUACUUUGACUUGGCUUGUUUUCUUUUAUAUUGUUAUAAUCUUUUGAGUUGGCAGUCAGAAAAUUGAUGAAAGAUUAUUUUUUUAAGUUUCCUAUUUUCUCAGGCAGCUUCAAAUUAAGCUUUAUUUUUACAGUCUCACUUCUAGUUGACUGCUUUCUAUUUAUUUAUACAAACAGACUCACUUCUAGUUGGUUGCUUUCCAAUUAUUUAUAUAGUCUCACUUCUCGUUGGCUGCUUUCCAAAUAUUUAUACAGACAGUCUCACUUCUAGUUGUCUGCUUUCCAUAUAACAGUCUCACCUCUAAUUGGCUGCUUUCCAUUGAAUUAGGUGAUUUAAGUUUUUACUUCAGUAAUAACUCCUCCCCAAAAAUAUUUACCUUUAAUGAGUGACGAGUCCAUUGCACCAAUGCAAGAUUAUAAAUGUAUCAUAACAAUGUAAAAAUCUUAUUGUACUCAUAUGUUUGAAAUUCAGCCCAAACAUAUAAUUUUUCCUUGUGUCAUUUUCUUCUAUAAAAGUCAUAAGUGAUCUUUAAAAAUAGACAUCUGCAAUAACAGUUGACUAGGCCUCAUGCAAAGUGAAAUCUAAACAUUAAUCUCACAAAGUUCUGGUAGUUGAUCUGAAAAGUGAGUUAAUACAGUAGAACCUCGGAUUGCGUUCUGGAAAUGUGCUUCAAAUGCAAAGCACUUUUAUAUCAAAGAAAAUAACCCCAUAAGAAAAAGGAAACUCAUAAUUCAUUCCAUAACCCUAAUAUAUUGAUGUAAAAAUGAUGAAUACAAAAUACAUUAUUAAUAAAAGUAUUCAAAUGGAUUACAUUAAAUCUCAUCGGUGCUGGUGUGAGGGAGAGGAGGUAUGGAGGGAGUUGAAGGAGAGGAUGAUAUCCAUUUUGUAAAUAGACUUUUACUGUCACCAACACAAUCACUGGAAUCUUGUUCCUUCAUUUGCAACUUUAACAAGGAACCUAUACAAUGACACUUGCUUAGCCUUUCUUUUCAACCUUUUUCUUUAUGGGGGGCCAUCAUUGUGGUGCAGUUAAUGGAGAACAGUCACUAUCCUUGGACACUAACAAUAGUAAUCAGUAUUAGCUGACUGUAAGUAAGCGAGCAUGGGAUAUUACCUAUUGGCUCAGAUGUGCUCGUAUUGAAAGACAUAAUAUAUCAAGUAAAAUUGUUUUUAAGAUUUGCUUGUCUUGCAAAAUACUUGCAAACCAAGUUAUUAGUAGUCCGAGUUUUUACCGUAUUUAUAUUAUAUCAGUGAACUGGAUCUGAUUGCAUAAAUGUUAGACAUGUCUGGUUUAUAUGGUCCAUUUUUUCACCAUGGCUCAGAGCUUGUGACAACACGGACCACCAGGUCAUCUGUUAGUCCAAGCACCAAAGCAAUUAUUGAUUCCAUAAAUGCUGAUUUAUCAAGUGCUGAGAGAAAGGCAAUGCUUAUGUCUGCAAUUGACAAAAAAGUUCAGAGAGAAAAAGGUAAUUUAAAAAAACAAACAAAAAAAAAACAACUUUUUCCUUACACAUUGUCCCACCAUAAUCCAAGCAGCAAAAAAUAUCAAGUAAUGUACUGGUAUCUAAUUAUCAGAUGCAUAGCGCAAUCAUUUUAACAAAUAGGAUUUAAUGGACAUUUAAGUUAUAAAAUGAAAGAUUCCUUGUUUUCUCAGUUUAAAAAAAAACCUUGAAUAUCUCAUGACAUUUGUUAAAUAUGGACCAAUGCAGAAUCCUCAAAUCAAUUCUGAGAAACCAAAGUCCAUAAACGCGUUUAAAACUUAACUAACCAAUGUGCACUCAAAAAAUUGCCUCAUUGGGUGUAUUGUGAAUUUUGGGAGUUUUGGCAUGGCAGAAAUAAGACAAAUAUACAACAUAAUAAUUAAACUUACUCCUCAUUAGCACUAAUCAUUACUUGUUAAUUCUUACAAUGACAUUCAUGUGAUUCUUUUGUGAAGUAGUAAUUUUAAAUGGACUGAAACUACAUUUUUUGCAGAGAAUUCAGCUUCCUUACAGACCACAACAAACCAAAGUACCAGUCAAAUUCCAAGAUUUAUGGCUUUCUUGGCAAAUAAAAAGAAAACUGACGAACAUAAACCAGCUACACCAGGUAAAAAUGUUUCCCUCUUUCGUUUAAAAUUUAGUAAACAUGAGUUUGCAUCACAUUAUAUUGAAAUAAAUAAAUGUAGUAUACCCAGUUCUAAAUGCAUUUGAAGGUAUUUGACAUGACAAUUUUAACAGGAAAGAUUCAACUAAAAAAUUGUUACGUUAAAAGAAUGUUUUUGAUGUAUGAAAUGUUUUUCUUUGGCUCAAAGUACACCAGUUUUGCUUGCAGUCCAUAUUUUCCCCCGAGUUCAAUUUUAUAUUUAUAAAUAUAUUUUAUAAAUUUAUAUUUAAAAGUAAAUUUUAUCUUAUUAACUUAAUUAACAGGAUUUAGUUUAAAUCAAAGAAGCUGUUUGGACUUAAUUGAAAUAUUUUAAAAUAAGUUUUUCUUCAAUUAAUAUUCAUGUCACUGAAUCAAAAGUAUUUCUCUUGUGUAACAAAGGUAGCAAAAACUGGACUAAAAUUCAUAAAAAAGAAUUUUCAAAGUUUGACUCACUUGAUGUGUACCUGGAGAAGAAACAACAGAGAAUGGAAACAUUAACCGGUAGCGCUAAAAAGAUACCGCUUGCUAAAUCACCCAAAGUGAGUGGGGUGAGUAAAGAUGAGGUAUAAUUUAACGAGUUUUGUUUACCUGUAUAUGUAAAACAUAUUAAAAUUAUAUUUUGACUGGUCUCAUAUGAAAUACUGAAAAUGUACUCAUUAGGUAAUGGCGUCAGCGAGCCGUUGAGCUAAUACGUUGACCUCCCCAAAGCAAACAUCCCACCCCCAAAGCCAGAGCUAUAGGACUGAAAAGUAGCAUGUUGGAGAUCUCCCUUGUCAGGACAGCCCCGUCAGCACCCACUCGAUCGAGUACCAAUGGAGGCUACUCCAGCCGAAGGACAUUUGGUCGGCUGGUGAUGUUGCUCUCACAUGGUCGAAAUGGUUUUAAUACGUCCUAAAAUCUUCCCCCGCCCACCCCGGGGAAGCGUCAGAUUUGUCUGCCAACAUAGGCUCAAGCAAUGGUGGUUUUGUUCAUAUGACAAACACAUCUCCCUCUCUCUUUAUAUAUAUCACACCUGUUUACUCUUAUUUUAAGAUGUCUUUUAUCAUUUAUUGUAUGCUGAGACCUGUCAGAGUUUUAAAAAGUUUAAACAAAUAUAUUCCUGUGGUUUUUACCAUUUAAAAUAAAUAAAUUAUUUCAGUUGUUAGUUUUAGCUCAUUUCUACACCCGGCAGUGAAUGGACAGAAGUACGAUGGCUGUGGACAUCCUUAAUUAUAUUACUUAUGCACUGAGAGGGAGAUGUUGACAUGGAAGCAUAUGGGUGUGCAUGGGAAGGGUAGGGGAGGUGUCUAAAUAUUUUUAAAAUACCAUCAUGUUUUGUAAUGAUCAUGAUAUUGUUGCUUUCUGUUUUCACAAUGAACUCGAUAGAUACAGCAACAGUAAUAUUUAGUAUAGUCGCCCUAAUAACAAAUUUAGUAAACAUUCACUUUUGUUUGCCUCGGUGCUGUAUGGUGUAAUUUUGUGACAGAAUUAUUUCAUUCAGCAGUGAUUGCGGAAAUAGCAAAAUCUACGGAUUUUUAAAAAAAAACUGCAUUUUCAACUGGACCCCACUGUAUUUUUAAUUUAUUAAAAAAAUUCUGGGAAGGGAGCUAGCCUCCUCCCAAACCCCACCCCUACUUUUGCUCAUGUGACUUGUGCGGGCGCCCUCAAUUUCUGCUCCCCCACCACACCUUCUCCUUCAUCAGUCAAAGUGGCAAACAGCGGGCAGCUUCUUAUUUACACUAAUGCACUGUAUAUAAAUAUAAAAACGUCAUUCAUCUACUUUGAGAAAUUACUAUUAUUAGACAUGCGAUGCUAAUAUUUAUUGUAUAUGUUAUACUGUAUGUUAAUUUAUUUACUAUUACAAUACGAUAGUGUACAAUUUAUGAUGGUAAAGUACUAUUCUGAGACCAUAAUAUUGUACUAUUUUGGAAGUUCCAGUGUAACCAGGUCUGAUAUCUAUAUAUAUUAUGUGUAUGUGUUAUAAUAAAAUAUCUGCUGCAGAAGUGUUCUAGAUUUUAAAAAUUUGGUAUAUUUAUAAUUUAUAGCAAUCUGUACAAGAAUUGUUAAAAACUGGUCUUCAGCUUAAAGAUGCAGUGAAAACAGAGGUCUUAAAUAUGUGUAGCUUUUGGCUCAAAUGUUGCCCCCAUAGAAUCAUUGAGGCUGCUAGAAGUUUAAGCCAUGUGGCUUACACAGUAUUUUAAAUGCAAAAUUCUUUUUAUGUUUUUGUUAUAUAAAUUACCAUUGUGGUAUUUUUAUGUUGCUGUGUAAUAGUAAGAAUACUAAGAAGUAAAAACUGUCAUUUUAAACAUAAGAAUCUUUUAUAUAAAUCUCGUGGACUACUUAUGAAGAUAUUUUUCUCACUUCUGCAAUUUGCAAUUCUAUUACUUUUGAUUGUAUAUUAAAUGUAAAGUACAACUUAUUUUCAGCCUAAAAUUGUUAAACCUGUGACCAAACCACUUGCACCAGUGAAACCUUUUGUACCUACAGUCACAUCCACAAGAAAUCUCAGCUUCAACUUUACUAAAACACCAUCAGGAAAAGGAAAUGCCAAUGAAAAAAUAGUCAAUCUGAAAACACCCAAAGAGGAUACCUUGGUUUUUUCAGCUAGAAAAUCUGGUGUACCUUCAAGUAAGCUAAAAAUAGCAUCUUUCACUUUCAUAUAUAUUUGUGAUUUUUUCUUUGCCUAGGAAAAUAAUGAUUAACACCAAUGGUAAUAUAAAUAGUUAAUAAUUUGAUGUAUGAAAGAUUUAUAAUAUUUAGUACUUUUUCUUAGGCAUAUCUAAUGGGGAUUGAUUUAUAAACUACUAAAAUGCUAUACAAAAUAUUUCUUUUUGUGACACCAGUAUAGAAUAAUUUUCUAUGUACCUGUGCCAUUGUGAGAUAAAAAUAGUAUUUAAAUAUAAAGUUUUUUUCAACUGACGCAAAAAUAAGCAAUAGAUCACGUAACUUAAGUAAAGGUGCAUAAGAUUGCACAAUUUUGAUUGACCACAACUGAAAGUCAAUCUAAAGUAGAAUUAUCUUGCAUAUAUAAUGGUACAGUUCUAUCUGCAAUAUCUUUGCCCUGCAGUGUUUAAAUUUAUUUUUAAAAUUAAAACAAUGCAGUUUUCUUAGCUUAACAAACAUUUUGUUUUCUCCAUAGCAACACCUUUCAAGUUUACUGGGAACAGUACCACCCUCAAUGCUUCAGUGGCAUCUCAGAAAAAGACUUUUGACCUUAAAGCCAGUCUGGCCAAGCCUUUGACCUGGAGGCCUCACACUGGAAAACUGCAGCCGCUGGACGUCAACAAGACAUUGACCACCACUGCAAAGCCAGUGGUGUCUCAGGACUUCAGAAAAACCAGACAAUCAAGGCAAGCUUUGGCAUCUAAGUCAAGGCCAACACAAGCUAAGUAAGAAAUUUGAUUGUUCUGUUUUGUGCAAAAACAUAUAAGUAUAAGAGUAUAAAUUACAGGGAUAACUUAAAAAUUUCAAUUCUGUAAUGUAGAAAUUGUGAUAAAAGCUAUUAUUUAUUCUUUCCUAGUUCAUUUUUGUCACUUGUUCAUUUCAGAGAUGUACGACGUGUUCAACAGCUAGACAGACGUAACAAUCAGAAGUAUAUUGACAUGAUGAAACGGAGGGGAUUAAUGUCAUAAAUGCUUGUAAUGUACUUUUUACCCCGCAAAAAUGUAUUAUUCUUUUAGAGAUUUCUUUCUUAGGCAGCCUAAAUCGUGUAUAUAGUCUGGAGGGAGGGGGUGGGAAUCAUGAGUUUAUAUCACUUUUGUUUUUAUUGACAGUCGUUAUAUAAUACUUGUUUUUCUUUCAUAAUUUCCUUUGGCUGCAGUAAACGUAAGUGUAAAACAACUUGGUCAUGGAAUGUCAUUAUACUAUACAUUAAAAUAUCAUAGUUUUGUGAGUAUCUUUUAAUUGUCCCGUCUUUUUUUUUAUAUAAGCCCGAAAAUAUCUUGUUCCAGUUUCCUAGGUAUAAUUUUUUUUUUACUACUGAAAUGACAUUGUUUUUUUAAAAAACAAAAUAUCUGUCAUCCUAACAACUUAAAAUAUUAUUUUUUUAAAAUUAUUCUUCCCUCAUUUAAAAAAUUUGAGUCGACCUAUCACGUUUAUGCUUCUUUCACACUGAGCUUUAAAUGACAGUUGUAUUUGUAGAAUAUAAAACCCAAGAUGAUCUUGAUAUACCUUUUUAGAGUUUAUAAACUGCACAAGUACGGUAUUCUGAGUUCUUGAAGUGAAUCCAAAACACUAAAUAUUCCCUAAUUUAUGUUCAGAGUUGCAUUUCAUAGAUUCUCCAAUCCGUUUCUCAGCCAUAAUUUUUUUUGUGUAUAGAAAGGAUCAACAUACUAAUUACUAGUUCCAAGGUGGCAGAUUUCUUUAAAAUUCAGGGAAUAGCUGAUGUGAAUGUAUUGACAGAAAAUACUUUGGUUUUAAAUGGCAUCACUGGUGGGAAGAAUGAGCAUCGUUGUAUUAGUGUUACAGCUGUUAUUUCAAACAUAUUUGUAUAAUCCCUUUAGCGCCCAGUAACAUUGCAAUGUUGUCUGUUAUUACAUUGGUUUUUGUUUUUUUGUUUUAAAAAAAUGUGGCCUAAAAAUGUGUUAGGUUUAGCUAUGAUUGAAUAUGUUGUUUUAUAAAUGUGGGAUUGUUGGCGUCCUUAGUGCAGGACCAAUUGUUUUUUUCACACACUCAUUUAUGUAAUUUAUCAACAGACACGGGCAAAUAUUUUUGUGUGCUGUCAUUACUGUCAAAUCAGAGUUUGGGAGUUUUACCAAAAAAAAAGAAAGGAAGAAAAUAGAUUUCACAAAGAUUUUCUCGGACUCAACUUUUAACAAAAAUCUCCUAAAUGAGAUUUCUUGAACAUUGUGGGAUAUGAAACAUACCAACCAUUAUUUCAUAUAUUCUUAUGGAGAUGUCGACUUAAGUACUUCAUGGAAAAGUUGUUUUUUUCCCCUGUCUUUUUUAUAGCCAAAAAAGAAAUCCUACCCCCACAGCCCUGCUUUACAAAUUGCUGAUGAUCCUUUCUGUAUUCUGAAACCUUCAUUUUCUGAGCUGUAUCUGUCUUCACUAUCACAUCUGUCAUGCAUUCAUUCAAUAAUUUAAACUUAAACCCAGUGUGUUUGUACCAGUACGGAAGUUUGACUUGUUAGUAAUUGUUAGUGAAGACAAAUCUAAUACAGAAAUCUGGUACACACUGACAGAGUUCUUGUUUUAUUUUAUGUAUUCAUUUUUUCACAUACUAAUACUAAUAUAAUAAUCUAAAUAUUCCCCGUAGUCUUCAACUUUACUAGGUAC